GCAGCUCCUCAUCCGCACUAUAUUUUGUAUGACGGAAGCGGGAAGUGUAGAACCCAACACGUGUCUAGCAAAUUGUGAAUGCUAGACAAAAACCAGCGGCAAUUCUCUGCUUCGAGGUAGAUUGUCAUUGUAAACGUUUAACGUUGCCAUAUUGCAGCUUUAGGAGAGGCCGUCCCCUGAUGUGGAUACGUACAUUUGAGAUAAUAGUCUAGGUCUAAGGUCUGGGCCUGGAUAAUGAAAAGAAGCUCAUCGAACCAAGGCAGUUCAUGCCACAGAACGUCCUUGGCUACCGAGACCAUAAAUCAAAAUUGCAAAAAACAAUGGGAUAAUAAAUUGCUGCACACGACUCAUAGGUUAUGUUCGAAUAUUCCCGUUUUUCAUCACAAACUUGCAAAUCACUCUACUUUGUAUAGUGGUAAAAUCUCUAUUUACAUUAAAAAUCGAUUGAAAUAAACUAAAAUGAGCUCGAUUGGCACAGGAUACGAUCUCUCCGCAUCACAAUUUUCGCCGGACGGUCGUGUGUUCCAAGUGGAAUACGCAUGCAAAGCUUUAGAUAAUAGUGGCACAGUGAUCGCACUGAAAGGAAAAGAGGGAGUAGUGCUUGCGGUUGAGAAACUUGUCACCUCGAAGUUGUACGAACCAGGUGCAAAUAGAAGAAUAUUUACAAUUGACCGGCAUGUGGGAAUGGCAGUUUGUGGGUUGAUAGCUGAUGCACGACAGAUUGUGGAUAUUGCUAGACGAGAAGCUACAAACUACCGAUCACAAUAUGGAAUACCGAUACCUAUAAAGUAUCUUAAUGAUCGUGUAAGCAUGUAUAUGCAUGCCUAUACACUAUACAGUGCUGUAAGACCAUAUGGUUGUAGUGUAAUUUUAGGAGGUUAUGAUAUUACCGAUGGUCCUGCCAUGUAUUUAAUUGAUCCUUCUGGAGUUAGCUACGGUUAUCAUGGUUGCGCGGUCGGCAAAGCUAAACAAGCUGCUAAGACUGAGAUAGAAAAACUUAAAUUAACCGAUAUGUCCACUCCAGACCUACUAAAAGAAGCGGCAAAGAUAAUCUACUUGGUGCACGACGAGUUGAAGGAUAAAAAUUUUGAAUUAGAAUUGUCAUGGGUUUCUAAAGAUACCAAUGGAUUUCAUCAGCGGGUUCCGGAUCAUGUGUUUGCAGAGGCUGAAAGAUCUGCAAAACAAGCAAUGGAUGCAGAGUCUGAUUCCGAGCCAGAGGAUGCUUAAUUUUCUAAGGGCUUUUGUAUUACUAUGAUCAGUUUAAUACUACAACUUUAAUAAAAAAUAAAUAUUUCCUCUCA